CGGCUCGGCGCCCUCGGAUACCUGCCGCCCCUGCUGCUGCACGCCCUGCUGCUCUGCGUGGCCGACGCUACAUUUACUGAAGUCCCCAAAGAUGUGACAGUGAGAGAGGGGGACGACAUCGAAAUGCCCUGCGCCUUCCGGGCGAGCGGAGCCACCUCGUAUUCGCUGGAGAUUCAGUGGUGGUACCUCAAGGAGCCGCCCCGAGAGCUGCUGCACGAGCUGGCGCUCGGCGUGCCAGGCGCCCGGAGCAAGGUAACAAAUAAGGAUGCAACUAAAAUCAGCACCGUGCGGGUCCAGGGCAACGACAUCUCCCACAGGUUGCGGCUGUCGGCAGUGCGCCGCCAGGACGAGGGCGUGUACGAGUGCCGAGUGGCGGACUACAGCGCGGACGACACGCAGGAGCACAAGGCCCAGGCGCUGCUGCGCGUGCUGUCGCGCUUCGCGCCGCCCAACAUGCAGGCCGCCGAGGCCGUGUCCCACAUCCAGAGCAGCGGC